GGGGGCGGACCUGGGGCCCUGCUGGGGAAGCAGGGCGCGGGCAGGACCCCGGGGUGUCCCUCAAGGCAGCGGGACAGGGCGGGGGGCUGCCCGCGGACCCUGCCCUGCGCACGGCGGGGACCGGCUGGGGCCGCUCCCGGGCCAGAGAUCAGCUGUGAGCCGGGCCAAGGACGCGGGCUGGAGCCCUGGCCUGGUUUCUGCAGACGCCGUUACCGCACGGUAAGCGUGGGAUGGGGCGCCAAGGCCCGCGCUCGACACCUGCGCCAACAGCCCACGCGUGGUUCUGGUGCCUCACGGAUCCAGAGCCGAGCUCGCGUGCUUCUUGGACGGUUCCGUUCGCAGCUUGCAGUCCCUUUAUUCAGACAGCCAGAUGUUAUGCCAGACCUGUGAGAAGAAAGAGGAAAGACAUCCCCAGCCAUUUGGAUGAUCUUCCUCCCACAAUGUUGAAGAAAGAUUAUGCCAAUGUCCCAGUAAUAAAUAGUGUUGACGAUGUAGUGAAAAGACUGUUGUCACUGGAAAUGGCAAGCCAGAAGGAGAAGAUGAAGAUAAAGACACAGCAGCUGGUGGAAAAGGUCAGGAGGUCUCCCAACGACAAUGGCUCCUUUGAGGUGCAAGUUGCUAUAUUGACUGCCAAGAUACGCACUUAUGAGGAGCAUUUUCAGAGGCAUCCCAAGGAUAAAAGAAACCGUCGUUGCAUGCUGAUGGCUAUAGAUUGCCGGAAGAAACUACUUGCAUAUCUUCGCCGUGUCCGCUAUGAUACCUUUGAAAACACCUGCAAGCAGUUGAAUAUCCAGUACACCUUACCCCCUCUCCACCGCAGAAGGAUCACCAAGCGCUGGCUUGUGAAGAAGGCUUUCUGCCGCAAGGUUUUUGAGGAGGUGCGGAAGCUGAAAGCACCAGAGAGGCUAAAGCAGAGAAGAGAGUGGCAAGCAAGAGCGAGAGCUGCAAAGGAGAAACAGGCGCAGUGCGAGGGGACGCCUGUGUAGUGGCACGUUGAGGCUGACGCAGCCAGUCACUAACAAUAAAUAACUACCUAAAGACCUAAA